GAUGUGCAGUUUGGGCUGGCGGCUGCUGCCGCUGGUUGCAGGAAUUCAUCCAGAAUGCAAGAUAUUCCAGCAGGUGCUCAAAGAAGAGGCUCUCUGCUUGGAAAAGAAUGAAUCUCUUCCACCUGACCUUAAAGGGUGCACCAGAGAUUGGGAUGGUCUAACCUGCUGGCCCAGAGCUGCUUUUGGAGAAGUAGUUGAAGUUCCCUGCCCAAGAUUUUUUGAAGAAAUCACCAAUAUCCAUGGCUUCCUUCAGAGGAACUGUACGCAGGAGGCAUACUGGUCAGAACCAUUCCCACCAUACACUGUUGCCUGUGGAUUUGAUGAAGGUUCCAGUAAAGGGCCUGAAGACCAGAAAUCAUAUUAUUCUGCAUUUUGGCGUGUCUACACUGCUGGCUAUGCAGCAUCAGUGACUUCACUCAUUACAGCUCUAAUUGUCUUUGCUGCCUUCAGAAAAUUCCACUGUACACGGAAUUAUGUCCAUAUGCACCUGUUUGUGUCCUUUAUCCUGAGAGCAGUUGCUGUUUUCACCAAAGAUGCUGUUUUAUUUGCAGAUGAAACAAUGGACCACUGCCUAAUGUCAACGGUUGCAUGUAAAGCUGCUGUGGCAUUCUUUCAGUUCAGCAUUUUAGCCAAUUUCUUCUGGCUUCUUAUAGAAGGGAUAUACCUGCAAACACUGCUUUUGCUGACCUUUGUUUCAGACAAACAGUAUGUAUGGUGGUUCAUCUUUACUGGCUGGGGAGCUCCCACUGUUGUGAUAUUUGCUUGGGUCCUCACAAGAAUCCAUCAACAAAACACUGGAUGUUGGGAUGAUGAUGAAAAUGGAGUGGUGUUAUGGAUCAUCAAAGGCCCCAUUCUGCUAACUGUAUUAAUUAACUUUAUUAUAUUUAUUAACGUGAUCAGAAUUCUAGUCCAUAAAUUGAAAUCUCAAGAGGGAGGAGGGAGCCAUUCAAGCCACUUUGUGAGACUUGCUAAAUCCACAUUACUCUUAAUCCCCCUCUUUGGAGUGCACUACAUUGUAUUUGCAUUUUUCCCAGAAAGUACUGGUCUGGAAGCUCGCCUUUACAUCGAGCUGGGCUUGGGUUCUUUUCAGGGUUUUGUUGUAGCUCUUCUAUAUUGCUUCUCAAAUGCAGAGGUUCAAAGUGAACUGAAGAAACAACUGUGCAAAUGGCAAUAUCAAGAAUACCUGAACUUCAUACACAGGCACAGGACUAUGUCCAGAGAAAACAGCCCAGUCAGCUAUGUCACUCAGUUAACACUGCUUGAAAAAAUCAGUCCAAAAAGGAAAACAUCAGUGUACCAGAAUGGUGUAACUUCAGUCUGAGCUUUUCUAUCAGUUUGAGUUGCUGUGA